AUGACGCAGGCGGAGCUCAAGCUCUGCUCCCUCCUGCUGCGGGAGCAUUUCGGGGAGAUCGUGGAGAAAAUCGGCACCUACCUGCUGAGGACGGGCAGCCAGGGGCUGAGGGGCAUCGUGGGGGACACAGGGCUGCUGCCAGAGCAGGUGAAGAAAGCCCUUUGUGUCCUCCUCCAACACAACCUGGUGACCUACCAGCUGCAGAAAAGGGGGUGGGUGGAAUAUGAAGGCCACUGCAGGAGGGUCUUGAGGAUCCUGCGCUACCCCCGCUACAUCUACACCGCCAAGACCCUCUACGGGGACACGGGGGAGCUGCUGGUGGAGGAGCUGCUGCUCCACGGGCAGCUGAGCAUGAGCACGGCCGUCAGGAAGGUGGCAGACAGGCUGACAGAGACCAUGGAAG